UUUCUUUUGAAAAAAUAUGAUGCGACAUCGGCAUGAUAUAUGCGGUAGUUAUCAUUUAUUGUUUGCUUUGCUAGUUUAGGUAACUAUCGAAAUAAAAAUGUCGUUCAAUCUUUUUCAAGCACGUCAAAAGUCAUUUAUCGUAACACUUCGUCGAUUACGAGUUGCUCCUUUUCUCAAAAUUUUAAAAACCUCGGAUAAAAACAAGAAACGUUUAUAAAAGUGAGCGAGAGAAUCAGAAAAUCAAAGGAAACGUCAGAAUGGUUUUAACAGAGUUGAACAUACAGAGACUGGAUUAAACUAUCGACAUACGAACUGGUCGUAAAACUAUAUCAUAAACUGAUUCUAUUUUACAGUUGAACGCAUAUCAGUUGAGUGAAAAAAAAAAAAAAGAAAAAGAAAAAGAAACAAAAAAAAAAGAAAAAGAAAAAUAGAACGAAAAGUUCUGACAUCUAAAAAGAAACACCGUCAGAAGCUGUCUCUCUGUAUUUGUUCCUACGAAUGAUAUUCCAAGUUCUUCGAAAACAGUGCAAAUUGGUCAAAAAGAUAAGAUAUUCAGAUUUAAAAAAAAUGACUUUAAUAGAUAAGAAAAGAUAUCGUAUUUAGCUGGAACAUAGGAUAAAAUAUUAUAACAAAUUAGCGACCAGCUCGGAUGUUCUUAGGUCGAUAGAUGUAUCAAAUCAAUUUUGCUUGUAUCGCACAUAUCUAAUCUGAACGACUCGUCGACGUAAAGUUGCUCGAAUAUCCCGCCAGGUUCCUCUUGGAGGAGUCGACCAAUCAACAGCGUACCGGAUACGAACGGUCCUGGAUAGAGAGCGAGAAAAGCAAGCAAGCAAGCAAGCAAGCGAGCGAGCUAGCAAAGCGAAGCGAAGCAAAGCAAAGCAAGCAAGAACGAAAGAACGAAAGAAAGAAAGAAAAGAAAAGAAAGAAAGAAAGAAAGAAAGAGUGGGUGGGAGUUAGCGAGGUUAUCCUCGUCGAGUUCGAGCUUUGCAAAGGGGCAAGAAGCAAGCAAUAGGAGGAAAAGGAGGCGCGAAGAAGCAGGAAGGUGGUAGAGGUCGUGUUCGAGGCUUUGGAGGUGUCAGAGGAAGAGGAAAAGGAGGAGAAGGAGAAGAAAGAUAAAGAAAAGAGACGGAAUGAACGGCCCUGGGAGCCAUCAGCAUCGUGGCUUGGGUAUCGCGGGACGUUACAGGGCCGUGGUUGGCAGUGGAGCCUCGUCGGGGCCACACACGAGGCCUACGGCACCCUCACACCCUCGUGGGGGGUGGCAUCCCCACAACCAACAUUCUCAGCAUACCCAACUUGGUCAGCAAUAUGCCGGAAACAAGGAAUAUCCGUAUCGACAGUGCCCGUCGCUACCGCGCUAUCAUAAUGGGGAUUGUCCAGGAGUUGGCACAUCGGCUGGUCCGGCCGGUAAGGAAGUUUCCUAUCACGCUGGCGUAGGUGGAAGCAGCGUUGGGUAUAAACCGCCUCCGCAGCACAGUCCACAGUCGAGAGGCCCGCCACCUCAUUUCCCUCAGGAACCCGUCGGGCCAACGACCAAUUCUUCGCCGCUUCACAUCAGUAUUUGCGGACAAGAGAAUAUAAUGCGUGGUCCUCUUCCAAAUAUGAGUCCUGGGCUUGCAGCCAGCGAUGUGGAUAUGGAAUACCGCAGAAACUCACAAGCCACAAACCAGUUACCACUGAGUCCUGUACAGAUCCAAGCCUCGCCUGCUUAUUAUAGGCAACCUAGUCAGGAUGAUGGUAGAAAGAGCGAAUCUCCGUCUAGAAAACGUCGUCGGAUAUCUAGAAAUGGUACGGUUUCCGGUAUCGAAGUAAGAGAAACUACACCACCCGCACCAACGCCACCUCUACACACGACCCCACCAACCUGGGAAUUUUCAUCGGCCUCGCAACGUCGAUCUCCGCGUAACCACAUGUCUACUCGUGGUAGUCCUACAAUGAGAAAUCGUUAUCAACGAUACACGGAUUCCUUUGGUCUUUCCUAUCCCUUUAUCCCUGGCCAUAAUCCCCAUCCCACGAUCCAUAACUCUCAUCAUGGAAUUCAUGGUUCCCAUCACAAUAUCCAUAAUUCCCAUCACAAUCUACACAGUUCGCAUCACAAUAUUCACAAUGCGCAUCAAACGCAUCCUCGACAUCCACCUGGCACAGGACAUCAUCCCGCGCAAGGCGCUAACGGACCAGUAGUCGUCGAUGUGGGUCAAGUCGGUGUGUCGGGUCUUGGUGUCGCUGUUAGCGGAGAACCGUUGUGGCAUCCACAAGCGACAAGCUAUAGAAUUCCUUGUCAGCUGCACGGAAUUUAUACGCCAACUGGAGCGCAUCCAUUCGCACAUUCGUGUCAAGUAACGCAUCAUCAUAAUCAUUAUCCUGCGACUCACGCGACUCAUCCUGGUCAUAGUUUGGUAGGAUCCAUAGUUGGUGCAGCCUCUAGAGGGUAUCCAACACCUGCAGGUGGUCCAGUUGCUGCGCUUCAUCAUGCACAUGCACCACCUCCACCCGUCCAUACUACUCAUUAUACAGCCCACCACCAACUCUCUCAGCAGAGAGAGGUGGAAUUGGAAUUGAUAGAGUCGCACCAUCAUCACAGAGUUGGAGCUACUGCCGGUGCACCGUUACCAUUGCCACAUUCGUAUUCUCCUCCAGCUCUUACUCAAGUUACAACACCGCCUCCGAUUUUCUUAUCCGAGACGCGAAAUAGCCAGUUAGAAAUGAUUCAGACGAGAACUCGUAGAGCGGCUUCGAACGUUCAUACUCUCAGGCGACCAAGAUCGAGUAGAUGGAGAGGCACGCCUCCGUUACCACCUACGACAUAUCCAGGAUUCUUGCUACAUUUCUUCCAUGCAGACUUGUCCUCGCCCGAUUCGGCAACAGAGAAUUACGAGGCGCUUCUAUCCUUGGCGGAAAGACUUGGAGAAGCUAAGCCACGUGGUUUAACGCGUGCGGAGGUUGAACAAUUACCCUCCUACAAAUUCAAUGCAGAGACGCAUCAAAGUGAUCAAACGAAUUGCGUUGUCUGCAUGUGCGAUUUCGAAGCUCUACAAUCGCUUCGCGUUUUGCCCUGCUCGCACGAAUUUCAUUCUAAAUGUAUUGACAAGUGGCUUAAAUCAAACAGAACGUGCCCGAUAUGUCGCGGCGACGCUGGAGAAUAUUUUGGUAAUAGUGGCGCAAGUAGCGACUGACGCCGAGCCGCUCAAGUGCACUAGCGCCGAUCUUCGCCAUCGUCGGGGACGCUACUUCGCACAGAGCCUCCGGCCGUCAUGUUGUUGGUUUGUGCAAAUUUAUGUCCAUAAGCAUUUUUGCUUUUUCUCCGACGAAAGUGAAGUAUCAGAUUGUAUUCAAACUCCUGGAAAUCCUUAGUGUCGUUUCGGGAAAGGUAAAGCCCCUGUUUCGAAAAAGAGAAAAACAAAACGGAGAAAAGCGAAUGCAACAAAAGAAAUGAAUUCAUUUGAGAAUGUUGGACUCUUGUAAUAGAAGGGUACACAUCAUCAUUUUUGCUUGUUUUCAGGCGUUGUAAGUUAACAAGUUAAAGAGCGUAAUUUGAUACUUGUUGAAACCUUAAGACGAAAAAAAAAAAAGGUUUUGCGAGAAAGUUAUAAAACUAUGCAGUUUUCAUUGGCAGAUAAAUAAAUCUGUCGUUCGUUUAUUUUAUUCGGAUUCGCUUCGAUUAUGGUUUAACGCUCGUUUGUUAGUUGUGUUGCGCUAUUUUGUAUUAAUAUAUGUUUAUGUACAUAAUAUUUGUAUACAGACAAAUCAGCACUUUCCAUUAACGUUCCAUUUUUGUAAUAGCUUAAAUUCUGAUCCUAUUCUAUAAUUGUAAAUAAUUACAUAAACGUUCGUAUACAUGUGUGCGUGCGUAUAAAAACCAAGUCUAGGUCUUUGUUUGAAAAACUUACCAAAUGUAGGAUAAAUUCUUUUGCAAUAAAAGGUAAGAGAGACAUUUUUAUUAGGCAAAGGAGAAACCGUAACUUCCUAUUGUUAAUGCUUUCUUGUCUUUGUGUAGGCCGGGUGAUUAUUUUUAUUAUAUAAGGAAUGUAUGUAUCUCUACCCACAGCGAUUUGAGUGCUAUAGAUUAAAAAGAAAAAAAAGAAAAAAAGAACUGUUGAAUUGUCGCACCGAUGUCACGUAAACUAAUUUAUAAAAAAAAAUUUAGUGACCUCGUAUAUCUGAUUAUAAACUCAUUCCUCUCGCGGUGAUUAACAGGCAUCCCGUUGUUUUCUCUGUGUUGGUUCGAUAAAAUUUCUGUUACACGUUUUAUGAAAUAUAUAUAAAUAUAUACAUAUAUAUGUGUAUAUAUAUAUAUAAAUAUAUAUAGAUAUAUAAAUGUGUGUAUGAUAUAUAUAUAAAUAUAUGUAUAAGUAUAUAUAUAUAUAUAUAUAUAUAUAUAUAUUUGUGUAAGUCAGCCUAGCCUCGUAGGUGUACAGGUAGAUGUAAAGGUAUGCAUGUAAAUUAUUCCAACCGCGAGAGAUCAACCAGCAAGAUCAGAGAGAGAAAGAGAGAGAGAGAGAGAGAGAGAGAGAAAGAAAAAGAGAAAGAGAAAGAAAGAGAGAGAGAGAGAGAGAGAGACAGAUCCUUCAACAACAGUUAUUCAAAAUUGCAAGAUAAUGAAAAAGAAAUGAGAGUGAAAAGUAUAAGGAUACCGCUUCUGUUUCCUGCGCAUCUACCUCUGAUAGAAGAUGAAACGAAUUGAUUAAUAUUUUUUUAUACACACUUCUCAUAAAGAAUAAACAUACCUAUGUAAUAAGAAGAAGCAACAAAAGAAAGAUGAAAGAAAACGUAGAGGAAAAAAUCGAGUUGGCUGUAAUUUUGGCAUGUUCAAUUAAAAUUGAUACUUCGAGAGAUUAUUAUAUCACCUAUUUCAUCAUAAUGGGUUGACGAGUGUUGUAAUAAUGGAGUAUAGCACGGAAAGGAAAUGAGGGAAAUUUAUGUAUCGUAAGAACAAUGGUGCAUUUUAUAACAAAAAAAAAAAAAAAGUUUUCGAAAUGAGGAUAGAACGUUGCCAUUAAAGAAAAUACACGCUUUUAGUUUUGUAUGUGUAUGUAUGUAUGUAUGUAUGUAUGUAUAUGUAUAUAUGUAUAUAUAUAUAUAUAUAUAUAUAUAUAUAUAUAUAAAAUGCUUUUUCUAUUUAUAUGUUUCGAUACAAAGGUGGAUGAAGAAUUUCCAACAUUUGUAGCACGUUUAUGAUCACGUAUACAUUAUACUCCUUAAACCUUCGAAUGUAUCAUCGAGUAACAAAAAAUACAGUUGGAUAGGCAUGAUUUUCAAAGGCUGUUUUUUUUUUCUUUUUUUUUUUUUUGUUUGAAAUAACAAACAUAUGUACAAUGAACUUUAUCAAACAUGUUUUGUUAUAUUUUGAUUUGUUAUAUGUUGCUUUAUAUCAUUGGAUCCAACCGAAGUAAGACUGCCCGAUAAAAUCAUCUGGAAAUACAUGGUAAACGAAUCAUCAGUGAAGGCUUUUCAAAAUUGCAGGAGAAACAAAUUUUUUUUUAAUGGAAAGAGAUCAAAGAAAUUUCAUAAAACCUUUUAAAAGUUUCUUCUCCGAAUUGUGUCUAUCGUUUUAAAGAUCGACACAUAUAUUUCUAUGUGGACAUUCUUGAAUUUAUAAAUAUUUCUGCCAUUGCUAUAAUACUGACUCGUUAAGUUAUUAGUUCUCGGUAUAUACCAUUUAAUCUAUGAGCGUGCGUCUUUGAGAAAUGCAAACAAAAAAAAAAAAAAAAGAAA